CGACUUAUUUUGUAAAACAAAUAGUACUUGAUAUAACUUAAAAACAACUUGAUAAACAAUGGAGGACCAGAAGCCGAUCUCUGUAAAGAUGGAGUACGAUUCCAUUCUAGUUGGGGAUGAAGACGCCGUGUCCCGGAAUCGUGGUGGAAUCGAGAGGAUGAAACGUGCCGACUUGAUCGCUGAGCUUCGCAGGGAGCAGAUGCGGACGCAGUCCAUGGUCAAGCGCAAGGACGAGCUGAAGGCCGCCUUGCUGCAGUGCAACAAGCGGAUGACCGACACCAAGCGCUCUGCGGAGGAGCUGGAGCGAAGGAUCCAGUUGCUUAUGUGCCACAACCGGGAACUGGCCAGCGAGAAGGAUGGUCUGGCCACCGAGAGGGAUGGACUGCUGCGGCAGCUUCAAGAGGAGUUAACCAAAUGCGAGGCUCUGCGCCAGCAAGUCCUGGAGCAGGACCUGUCGAAGAAUACCAUCGUAGAGAGUAUCCUUCAGGAGAACGCUGCACAAACUGCUAACUUACGCACGGAGAUCAGUGACCUCUCCGACCAGCGGGACCUUUUCCACGAGAAACUGCACGAGGUGGGGGGCAAACUUUGCUCGGUGGAGGAGAAGCUGGAGAGGAUCCAGGAUGAGAACAACUGUUCGAUAUGUCUCACGCCCUGGGAAGCAGAGGGCUCCCAUCGCAUGGUGUCCCUGAAGUGCGGCCACCUCUUCGGGGACAGCUGCAUCCGGCAGCACUUAAGUCGCGUGGGCGACUGCCCCUACUGCAAGCAGCCAGUUCAGUGUCGGGAUAUCCGCUACAUCUUCGGGUGUCAGACCUUGCGGCCUGCCCAUCCUGCUCGUCCAGGUGAGGCUGCUCAUCAAGAACAGGAUGCUCGUCAGGCACAGGCUGCUCAUCAAUGCGGAACUGUUCCAGCACAUGCUGCUCCUUCAGGUCAGGCUGCUUACCAACCUCGGAAUGCUCAUCAAGCUCAGGCACAAACUCCUGAACAAGCACUGGCCGCUGAUCAAGCACAGGCUGUUCGUCAAGCCCAAGCUGCUAUAGCACAGGCCGCCCAUCAAGCAGCGGCUGCUGAACAAUAUAGUGGUGCUCUUCAAGCUCCGGCUGCCCUUCCACCACAACGUUAUCCUCAAGCCCAUGCUUACCCUCCUCCACAUUGUGUUCGACGUGAUCGUCAAGCCCAGGCUAACCCUCCUUCAGCCUUCGUCCGGAUUCGUCCACCUGAGCCUCAAGCCCAUUCUUCACGACAUCGUGAGCCUCAAGCCCAUUCCUCACGACAUCAUUGAGGCUCAGCAUGCUGUUAACCUUGCCGAUCCUGGCUCACUGUCUUACCAUUAUCGCUACUACGAUCGGCCAUCCGAGAGGGAACACCGUAAUCAUGAUCAUCAUUGAAUCAUUUGAAGUUGCGGCCUUAUCAAAUAAACAUAUCCUUUUUAAUACAAAUGUAUACUUCUGAUUAACAAUCAAAAACUUUAGUUUGAA